ACCAUCUCUCUCUCUCUCUAUCUCUAGCCAUUGUCGUGGGAUCCCACUAGCAGCUUUCUUGUCUUCUCCAUCUCCAUUGGCUUCUCUCUCUUUUUCUUUUUCUCUCUAAUCAACACAGACAGAGAUACUUGGGAGAAGAAAGGUUGAAACUUUGAUGUGGGUUUUGGUUUAAAGAGGGGGAAAAUAAUUUAAUCAAAAAAAUGGCACAGCAGCAGAGACAGUUUCAGAUGGGAGAAGGUGGUGAUACGAAGCUGACGAAAAUCUUCGUGGGAGGAUUGGCUUGGGAGACGCAGAAAGAUACAAUGAGACGUUACUUUGAACAGUUUGGUGAGAUCGUUGAAGCUGUCGUCAUUUCUGAUAAGAACACUGGAAGAUCCAAAGGCUAUGGCUUUGUGACGUUUAAGGAUGCAGAAGCAGCGAUGAGAGCUUGCCAGAAUAUGAAUCCUGUGAUUGAUGGAAGAAGAGCUAACUGCAACCUUGCUUUUCUUGGUGCUCAGAAACCUCGUCCUCCUACUUCUCCUAGACAUGGAACAGGUAGAUUUAGGUCACCAGGAGGAGCAGGAUUUGUUGCUCCUUCUCCUCAGUUCCGAGGCUCUUCUUCUUCCUCUGCUUUUGUUCAUCAUCAACAGCACACUGGUCAAUUCCCAAUCCCUUACUCUGCUUAUGGAUUCUCUGGUUAUUCUCAAGAGGGAAUGUACCCAAUGAAUUACUACAAUCAUCAUCUCUAUGGAGGAGGACAGCAUUUUUCACCAUAUAUGGGACCUCCAUCAUCAGGAUCAACAGGAAUGUUCCCUGGUUACUAUCCUUACUAUCCUCAAUACAAUCCAGCACAAAGCAGCAAUCAAGCUCAAGCUCAAGCUCAUCAUCAAGGUUUCAGCGUUCAAUACACUACUCCUCCUGCUCCUCCUCUGCUGCAAUACCCUUACCUGCCUCAUCAGCAGUUCAACUCUCAGCCUCCUCCACCACCAAUCCUGUCCCUCCCAACCUCUUUGGCUCUAUCAUUAGCAUCUUCAGCUCCAUCUUCAUCCUCUUCAGUUUCCACCUCAGCUGCAACAACUGCAACCAAAACAGUAGUUAUUACUACAACAGAAGCUGAAGCUAGCAACAAAGAUGGUCAAGAAGCAAUCACAUCAUCAUCAUCAUCCAUCAAGAUAGAGGAUUGAUUCAGUACCACAGUAGCAGAGAAAGGGACUACUAACUCAUCAUCAAUCUCUCCACCAUGUUCAAGAAACAUUUUAUUCAUAUCGUUUUUAGUAUUCUAGAAUCUAAAUCAGUAGUACAACUAGGAGGAGGAAGGUGAAGAAGAAGAAGAAGAAGAAAGAAAGAAACCAUCAUCACAUUUUUUUGUUUUAAUUUAUUUUUCAAGAUUCACAUUGCAUUUUAGGUUAAAGAAUCAAAUAGAAGGCAUUGGUGGCCUUUUCUUGAUUCAUGGAUUGAUGCAGAAAGCAUCAUUUCAACAAUUACAUUAAUUUGGGGAUUCAUUUCUGAGGGUCAGAAGAAAUGUUUUAUGUCUUCUUUUGAACCCUAUCAUGAUUUUCAAUGCUUCGGAUAAGCUUUGAAAGUUCAUUUUUCACAUUUGUAAUUCUUGAAAAUGUUUUACUUCAUCUCAUUGCUUGUUCUUGUACUACAUUAUGAUGAUUAUAAGCAUUUCAAGAUAAGAUCUUUAAUCUGGUUCUUUCAGC